AUGCUCGAUACAGGGGUUCUGCGCCGACAAGGAGAUGGAAGCGCAGAAGGGACUUCGGAUGCUAUGUCCACAUCGCAGCCACCGGAGCAGUGGAAACACAGCAUGGACUUUGUACACAACAUCGACUACGCUCGUGGGGCAGAUGGCGGUCUGUGCGGGGUCGACAUCUUCAUCCAUCUCAUGAUGGCGCAUUUGACCAUACUGAUCAGGCACCUAGAACAAGCAGGCGCCAUCAUACACUUGCUCAAACUCCGCCCUCCUCAAUCCCAUCACGCCGGCGAGAUAUACAUCCUCGUCCCCGUCCCCAAGCGCAUGGACCUGGACCCCACCCACCCCCUUUCCAAGGCCAGCCUAACAAAGAGUGCCAGCUGGGCCGUCCAGGUCACCCCAAUCUUCCUCGACGCCCGGCUGGUCGAUAAGGACGUCCGGCCCUCCCAUGAUCCCAUGUACCGUCCUUUCGCUUUCGACCUCCCUAUCCCCUACUUUCCCUCCAUCGCGAUCAUCGGACCAGACGGACCGCUCACCACGGCCUACCGCUAUUUCUGCGCCGCAGCUCGGGAUGGUCCAGAGGUGUAUACUCGGGAUAUGCACUUUCACACCGCUCACCGGCUAGACUACUCUGCUGUCGGUAUCGCGGUCAUCAUCUCCACCUCUCCCCCUUCGGCUCUCGAUCUCGAGGGAGACGGUUCCUGGUCCAUCCCGUCCGCUCCUACCAGCCCAUCCACGCCGUUCAGCAUCCUCCACUACUUGGUCGAUCGGCGGUCCCCACCUCUGUUCCUCGGCGGCUCAUGGUUGAAGCGGAUCGCUGAGGGGGAUAUGGAAGUCAUGUCGACGACGUACCCCUUUGCUUUCGCACACUACGAUCUCAGGCGGCGGGUACACGAGCACCAUCAGAAGAUCACUACUCGGCCAAUGACACAUCGGCCGAUCGCACCGCUUCCUCGUCGACCCCUGCCCUCACCUCCCAAUCCGCCUCUUGCUUUUCCGACAUUCGCUCCCAACCUGAGGCUCGCCGCGGGCGACAGCUGCUCCGAGUCUCUCACGGUGCCGUACUUGGGGCGAUUCAAGCGCGAGCACAUGGGGAAUCUGGAUGCAAUCGAGCGAGACAACAAGCAGCGGAGAGAAGCAGAAAUGGAAAAGCAGACUGGCCAGACGGUCAGUUGA